UCUCAUAUGUGAGUAGCGGCCGUACUUCUCGUAUGUCAAUAACUGUGUGUGUUCAAGCUUUGAAUAAAGUUCAUCAACCCUGAAGACCAGGAGACCUCCAAGGAUCAGAUCAGAGUCAGAGAGACAAACCUGACAAACAGAAGAACACAAACCUGAACUGACGCACAGUGACAGACACAGACCAACAACAGACGGUGAAGGUCUGGUUCUGAUGAUGCUGGACAUGGAUCACAUGUUGAUGGUUCUCCUGGUGUUGCUCUGGAGCUCAGGUUUUCGGGCAGAAGAAGUCCACGAUCACGCUGAAGAUGUCAGGUUGGUGGGAGGACACAGUCGCUGUGCAGGAACACUGGAGGUGAAACUGAAAGAGUGGAGGCCAGUGUCUAGCUAUGACUGGACCCUGAAGGAAGCAGCUGGUGUCUGCAGAGAUCUGGAUUGUGGCUCAGCUGUGUCUAUACAAUGGACAGUGGAGCCCAUAGACAGAUCUGUGUGGAGGAUCAAAUCUAACUGUCUUCAGUCUGGAUCUACUCUGAAAGACUGUGUAGAACCAUGGGUGUCUACCUCCACCUUUAAUCUUACCUGUUCAGACUCUGUCAGGCUGGUGAAUGGGUCUAGUCUGUGUUCAGGCAGACUGGAGGUCAAGUCCAACCAGUCAUGGUCCUCAGUGUGUGAAGCUGACUUUGACCAGCAGGAUGCAGAGGUGGUCUGUAGGGAGCUCGGCUGUGGGCCUCCUUCAGUCCUCCAGGGGGCGCUCUAUGGAGAAGUGGAGGCUCCAAUGUGGACCAAAGAGUUCCAGUGUGGAGGCCAUGAGUCUGCUCUCCUGGACUGUAGAAGCUCAGGAUCAACUAGAAACACCUGCUCACCUGGAAAAGCUGUUGGACUCACCUGCUCAGAACCUGUCAGGUUGGUGGGAGGACACAGUCGCUGUGCAGGAACAAUGGAGGUGAAACAAGGAGGCUGGAGACCAGUGGAUGGCUUUCGCUGGACCCUGAAGGAUGCAGCUGUUGUCUGUAGAGAUCUGGACUGUGGCUCUGCUGUUUCUGUAGAAAGGGCAAAGGAGUCCUCAAUCAGACACAUGUGGAGGAUCAAAUCUGACUGUCUUCAGUCUGGAUCUGCUCUGAAGGACUGUGUAAGACCAUGGUUGACUUCCUCCAUUUUCAAUCUCACCUGCUCUGGCCAACAGGGGGCAGACGUCACAAAUACAGAUGGACACUGAACUGUCGACUGUCACUGGUUUCAACAGGAGGACGUCUGAAUCAGAUGGAGUGAAGGGAACGGAAAAAUAAAUGUUUGUACAACCCUAAGUUUCUCCUGGAGACACUGCAGAGGGUUUGUUUACUUUGUUUGGAACCUUGCACGAUUAAUUGGAUCAAAUAUUUUCUGAACAAGAACUUUUGGUUUCAUAUUCCCUGAAGAAUAUUCAAGCAAUUGGGAGACAUCGAAUAUUUUACUUAAAUGUUUUACUUCAGAGACUAAUUACAUAACACAUCAAUCAGUUAUUAAUCAGUUAUUCAAUAUAACAGAUGUAUGAUGGUAAAAACUAAUCAUGUAUAAUUUACAUUGUAUAUCAUGUCUCACCCUGUCCUCAUGUGAUUCAUAGAUUCAUUAUUCAAAGAUAAUAAAAGCAAAACACACAA